AUGGAGAUGCAGAUGAAUAUGAAGACGGUGAUGGAGGCUAAACCCUUUGCCUUUAUCGUUCUGGCUGCCUGCAGUCUGGCCCUCGUUCAGGCCCGUCCGGAUGUGAGUCAUCUGCUGAAAUCGAACCGGAACUACCUUCCACCACUGCCGCAGAAGGAGGUCUCGGCCAACCAGAGCUACCAGCAGAUUGCCCAGCCCCAGCCCCAGUACCAGAAUCAGGUCCAGGCACAGGCACAGUCCCAGGCCCAAUCAUUCCCCCAGGUGGAGUCCAUUCAGGCAUCCAUCCCAUUGGCCAGCUUCUCCAUCCAGUCUGGCGGACAAUACCAGUCUACCGCUCCAGCUCCAGCUCCAGUUCAAGUCUCGAUCCCAGCCCCUGCUCCAGCUCAGAUCUCGAUUCCCGCUCCGGCUCCCGUUCAAGUGCAGGCCUCUGCCCCAGCUCCCCAAGUGAUCUAUGAGGCACCUAAGCCGAUUGCUGCCACCCAAACCACGGUGCACAACGCCUAUCUGCCCCCAGCGGCACCUGUCCAGCAGUUCGUGCCCGCUCCCGAGCCAGUUGUGGAGACGACGGUGCAGCAAACCACUGCUCCCGCUCCGGUGGUUCAACAGACUUACUCCGCUCCCGCUCCAGUGAUUCAACAGACCUACACUGCUCCUGCCCCAGUGGUUCAGGAACAGACGUACAGCGCACCAGCCCCCGUGGUUCAACAAACCUACUCGGCUCCCGCACCUGUGGUUCAAGAACAGACCUAUUCAUAUCCCGCUCCUAUUGUGCAACAGACCUAUACUGCCCCAGCUCCAGUUGUCCAACAGACCUAUACAGCUCCUGCCCCGGUGGUUCAGGAGCAGACAUACACCGCACCAGCACCAGUUGUACAACAGACUUACUCUGCUCCAGCACCAGUCGUUCAGCAGACCUACUCUGCUCCUGCUCCUGUGGUCCAGGAACAGACGUACAGCGCUCCAGCUCCGGUGGUCCAACAGACCUACUCUGCUCCCGCUCCGGUGAUCCAGGAACAAACAUACGAAGCUCCAGCCCCAGUAGCUCAGCAGACCUUCUCGGCUCCCGCGCCAGUGGUUCAAGAACAGACCUAUUCAUAUCCCGCUCCUGCUCCUGUGGCUCAACAGACAUACGCGGCCCCUGCUCCUGUUGUCCAACAGACGUACUCUGCUCCUGCGGUUCAGGAGCAGACCUAUUCUGCUCCUGCUCCGGUGGUGCAGCAGACCUACUCUGCUCCUGCUCCGGUGGUGCAGCAGACCUACUCUGCCCCGGCUCCAGUGGUCCAGGAACAAACAUACGAGGCUCCAGCCCCAGUAGUUCAGCAGACCUACUCUGCGCCUGCUCCUGUGAUCCAGGAACAGACGUACAGCGCACCCGCUCCGGUGGUCCAACAGACCUACUCUGCUCCCGCUCCUGUGGUGCAACAGACCUACUCUGCUCCCGCUCCUGUGGUGCAGCAGACCUACUCUGCUCCUGCACCUGUGGUGCAGCAGACCUACUCUGCUCCUGCUCCUGUGGUCCAGGAACAACAGUACACUGCUCCUGUUCCUGCUCCCGUUUUUCAGCAAACUUAUACUGCUCCGAUCUCGAUUCCUGAACCAGUUCAGCAGACCGUUAGCAUCAGUGCUCCAGCCCAGCCUCAGCAGCAAUACAGUGGCUACAGCUACCAGGCUCCAAUCCAGCAGAAAACCACCACUUACUCGGCUCCAGCUCCGGUUCAGUUCCAGCAAUCGUUUGUGCCUGCACCUCCAGCACCAGCACCAGCACCCAUCCAGAUUCAGGCCCAGCCCCAGCCCCAGCCCCAGCCAAUCGUUCAGUAUACGCCACAGGUGCCGACAUACAACAGCUACACUCCAUCCGCACCAUCACCCAUCGUCCAACAGACGGCAUCUGUGGUGACGACCUCCACGGCCACGAAUGAGAUCGGCACCGACUACGCUGCCAAUGGCGGCUACGUCUACGAGAAGCAUUGA